AUCCUCCCCCUCCUUCCGGGGCUGCGGAGCCCCCGCGGGCACCGCAGGAAAGGGCCAUUGCCACUUUAAAUGACUCAGGAAGUGAAAGGAGGCCGCCUGACGGGGACACGGAAAGUGGAACCGGGGUGGCACGGCUCCGUGAUCUCGGAUCAGUGAGAGACCAAGCGGGCAGCGCGGGGGCCAUCAGGGGCUCACUCGGGCCGCUGCACCGGAAGUGCCUGUGCCCCGAGGAAGCGCAGGGGGCGCCGGGGCCGGGGCGGGCGGGCAGGCCCUCUGCUCCUCGGCUGGCCGGGCUGCCCGGAGCUGGCGGCAGCAGCGCCCCAGCCCCAGCCCCUCUCCCAGAUCCCACGCGGCCCAGGCGGCCAGCGCCUCCCUGGCACCGGAUCGGCCAUCUGCCCGGAGGAGGAGGACGACGUGAGGAGCCAUAGCCCGAGCCAAGCGGCCAUCUCCGGGGGGUGGGGUGGUGGGCCAGGCCUGGCCCUGUCACCGCUCCCGCAUGGCCUCUGGAGUGGGCGCGGCCUUCGAGGAGCUGCCGCACGACGGCACGUGUGACCAGUGUGAGCCCGACGAGGCGCCGGGCGCCGAGGAAGUGUGCCGGGAAUGCGGCUUCUGCUACUGCCGCCGCCACGCCGAGGGCCACCGGCUCCAGUUCCCCGGCCACCACCUGGCCCGGUACGUGCACGGUGCCGCCCCGGCCUGGGCCCCCCGAGGCCCCGGGGAAGGCCAUGGCGACGAUGGCAAGGCCGCUGUGCAGGCCAAGGUGGAGGAGGAGGAGGGCGACCUAGAGAGCCAGGCCGGGGAGGAGAGCGAGUCCCAGGGGGACAGUGACUCCGAAGAAGAAGAAGAAGAAGAGGAGAGCGAGAUCUCGGAGGAAGAAAGCGAGGAGAGCGAGGAGGAAGAGAGCGAAGACGACAGCGAGGAGGACAUGGAGGACGAGCAAGAGAGCGAGGCGGAGGAGGAGGACAACCGUGACGACGGGGAAUCGGAGGCGGAUGGGGAAACCGAGGCAGAGAGUGAAUUUGACCCAGAUAUCGAGAUGGAGGCAGAGAGAGUGGCCCAGAGGAGAUGUCCGGACCACGGGCUGGAUCUGAGCACCUACUGCCAGGAAGACAAGCAGCUCAUCUGCGUCCUGUGUCCCGUCAUCGGGGCCCACCAGGGCCACCAGCUCUCCACCCUGGACGAAGCCUUCGAAGAGCUCAGGAGCAAAGACUCUGGCGGAUUAAAAGCGGCUAUGAUAGAAUUGGUGGAAAGGUUAAAGUUCAAGAGCUCAGACCCUAAAGUAACUCGGGAUCAGAUGAAGGCGUUUAUACAGCAGGAAUUUAAGAAAGUUCAGAAAGUGAUUGCUGAUGAGGAACAGAAGGCCCUUCAUCUAGUGGACAUCCAGGAAGCGAUGGCCACAGCUCAUGUGACUGAGAUUCUGGCAGACAUCCAAUCCCACAUGGACAGGUUGAUGACUCAGAUGGCCCAAGCCAAGGAACAACUCGAUACCUCUAACGAAGCAGCUGAGCCAAAGGCAGAGGGUGAAGAGGAUGGACUCAGUGGGGCCAGUGACGAAGAGGACACAUGAAGGCUCGCCAUUCCCAGCGGAGAAGCAUUCCUCCCCCCGUGUGUGUGACAGCGUGAAUGUAACGGCUUCUGACUCUGUGAAAGCUGCCCGGCAACCAAUGUCCUUCCACCCAUACGUCCCCAGACCCUCAGCAGGCCAUAGCUCUCCGGGAAUGCCAGGCGCAUGCUCGCCGACUGUGUGCUCCUCAUUCCUGUGUAGUGGUGGGUUAGGGAAGAGCGCCCCUUGGAUCAGUCAGGAGCAGCUGGGAAAGGUCAGUCCUUCAGGUAGCCCCUCCAUGGCUGCUUUGAACUGGCUCAGGGAGCCAGCCCCUGGAAUUUUAGGGACCCAGAUGUACCUCCUCACUAGGAAGACUCUGGAAUAACCUCGAAGGGCAAUCAGAAUGUUUUUCCUACCUGCACCUUAUUCCUAUUAAAGCAUGAAAUAAAUGAGGCAGGGUAGGGCUGGACCCACAUAACUAGUCUCUAAAAUUCCAGUGCAUUUGUGAAAAGGUGGUUUUGUGAAAUAAGAUGAGUGGUUUAAAAACAGGGCUGGAGAAAGAGUUAACAUUCAGACAUCUAUAGAGAUAUUUUUAGCACAUGAGGUUAUCCAGGACUUCAGAUUCAUAAUCCAGUGCUGUGGAAAUGAAAAAAAAAAUUUUUUUUAAAUCGAAAACUUAGAAAGGAAAUAACAUUAAAAAAAAAAAAAAAAAAAAAAAAAAAAAAAAAGAGGACCAAGAAAACCAGUUUUCUGAACUCAAAUUGCCUGAGUUUCCGAAAUAGUCACUGAAGGAUCUGAUGGACCUGAAUGACUGGGUGAGUUCUGAGGUCUGAUGAAUUUUGUCACAUGAAAGGCUGGAUGUGUACUACCAAGUGGAAAUUUUCAAUGUAGGUUUUUGUCUGUCGCUCCCCCCCCCCUCCUACACACACACACACACACACACACACACACACACACACACACACACACUUAGCCUAAUGUAGCUUAAAUGCAGUGUGGGGAGAGUCCUUGUCAUUCACGAUGUUUUGAAUGGAGCACUGAGCUUCGUCUCUCAGUAGAUACCCUCCCUGCACGGCAGCCGGAGCCCCUCUACCCUUGCCCUCCCUGCCAGCUACCCCCAGCAUCUGCCCGCUGACCCUCCUCUCUAGUCACGUGAGCAGACCCAUCAUGCUCCCAGAUCCCAGCUCCUCACAGCCAGGUUUUCAUGCUCAAAUGGUCAGUGAUGUCCUAGGAAUGCCACGCUGCUAAACACCUGCAUCUUCUGCAGCAUGUCUUACUUCGUUAGCUUGGAAUCAGGGGGUGAUCUUACUUUUACAAACAGUUAAAUCAUGAAGUCAAGUGUCUGGACACAUCAACGAGGUUGAAGUAAAAUGGGAGCCUCCACAGGAAAUUCUCGUUGGCAGGUGGGAUGUGUGCUCCCGCUCCUAGCCUUUAGUGGCGCUUUGGUGUUCAUUUCUGAGAAGGACGACUGGAACUGGAUCCUAGCAUCCCUGGGGCUCCUGCUGACGGGGGCCUACACUUCUGGUGCCUCUGAGGCACCUUCCUGCCUGCUGCCUGCCUGCCUGACCCUGGACCCAUUACAUAGCUUUCGGGCCUGCUGACUUUUGUGUGCAUAGCAUGGUUUUGAGCCAGAAACAAUACUUCCAUGCUGUAGGAAUCCUAUGUAUAUCAUUGUUCAGUUUUGUGCAUGCUACUCACUGACCAUUCCUUUGGUGCCAGGGGGCUACCAGGCAUGUGUACUCUGGGUUAGGGUUAUCCUAGCUCACUAAAUAUGUCAGGGCUUAUUUAUAAAUGUGAGAGGAGUUUCGGCUGUUAAGGAGGGGGAAAGGGUAUUUUUCUCUCAAACUAGUAGCCGACAAACGGCCAAGACAAUGGCACUGUACCUGUCUGCCUGCAAAGGCCAGAGAAUCCUGCCUAACACUGAUUACCGUCCCAACCCAUCCAACGAAAUGCUCCUUAAAGAUGAACCAAUGGCCUGUCUUAAAAUAAGAGCUUAAAAAUUAGACGAUUAAGAUUUAGAAAUAAUUCUUUUCCCAUCUCUGCAUACUCAUAGUAGCCUUGUCUUAGCAAUGGACAGAUCACUGGCCUCUUCAUACUGAGCCCGUGUGACUUUUCAUCAGUAUUUGGGAAACCCAAGCAUUUAUGCAGAGGAUGUGAGCGGAAAUACGAAGAUGCAUGCCAGCCUGUCUCCAUUAGUGAUCGUUUUCCUGUAGUCCUCGAGGAAAGCACUUCUGCUUUUCCUUAGAGAGGAUGUCAGACUCCCUUUCUGGGUUCCUGCUGUCCUCAGCACCUGAUAAAACUUUAAGCAGGGAAGCCUGAAACAGUGCAGCCGCGUCUGCCAGGCUCCCGAGUUCCUGCCGGCAGCGUGGCCAACAUCAGAAUGAGGAUGCUUCCUGUAGCGGCCUUGGCCUCCCAGAGCUGCAGCUGCAGGACCCUGAGGGCCCCGCGUAGUGAGGCCCCCCUCCCGCAGGUCCUACACACUGUGCUCCAAGCCCUGUCCUGGCCGCCGCAGGCUCUGCAGAAAUCCCAGGAGAGGGCAGGCGGGCAGGCAGCCAGUGAGCAUCUUCAGGAUGAGCUGGGUCCCCACACCAAUGCCUGGCUGCCUUCCAAAUACCCGGUGUCUGGAGACCGGGGCGGGGGAGUGGGGUGUUUUUAUUUAAUGUCAUUAAAUUCAGUGCAAUUCCAAGAAAUGCUUGGAGUCUCAGCUCUGACAACCAGGAAGGGAAAUAACCUAUACUGGGGACCAACUAUGGACCAGGCCCCGUACUAGGCCCCCGUUCUCAGAUGAUGAAGCCGAUUGGGACUGCAAGACUCACUUGCCUUGACCUGCUAGGAGAUAUUGGAGCCGGGAUUUGAGCCCAGCUCUCCCUAACUUUGCAGCCCAUGGUCCAUCGCAGUACAGAGGUGGAAAGCUGGCAGAGGCCCCACCCCCACCCCCGCCUGCAGUGAGACCACCACUUUAUGACUUCUUUUUCAGAAUUACAUUGCGUGGCUGUGGUUUGGGCCCAGAGAAGGCAUCAAACUUGCCUAUCUUUCCACUUGCGGGUGCAUUAAGUAGAAUUGCUAAUUUAAGCCUGCCCCCAGGAACCGUCCCCCAUAAGAAAAGAAUUUCUGGGCCUUCAAGAGGAUAGAGCUUCUCAGAGCAGUGAAGGGGAAGGGUGUCUGCUGUUAAGAAAGGGAGCCUUCGUGUUUCAGUCACCUCGCCAGGUCUGUGCCUGGGCAGGGGUGGUCAUUCACAGUGCACUGAGCCGUGCUGACACCUGGUAUGCGUGUGGACGUAAAGAUAAGUGUAUGUGUAUGUACACACACGCACACGUGGUACACGCACACAAUUUAAGGACAAAGGGAAUUCAAAGCAGCCCCUCAUUAUUCUGCAUGCCACCGCAAAGGCGUCCACCAGCCCUGAUUGCACAUGUCACCAGACAUGUCAGGGCUUAGGGGCUGACAGGCUGCUAACAGGAGGAGAGCUUUCUCAGAGGUUGCCAGAAACUAAAGCAUGGAGCCGGGUGACAGCCCUACUCCCGUGGUCUAGUGAAAGGGGAAGCCGACCCAUCCUGGGGAUCUGACCCCUCCCCUGAGCCUGUGGGCACCGCUGCCGAGUUCACAACCAGAAAACAUUCUCCUGCCGUGCCUGAAACACCCCCCACCCCACCCCACCCCGCUCACCUGAUGGCUGCUCAGUGCGUGCCUUUUGAUGAGAAUCCGUUGCAAUGUUUCCCGUGUGCCUAGCACAUGUGGGAUUUUGUGUUUAAAGAACAAAUGAUCUCAUUGUGGAUGGCCUGGGCCCAGGCCAGAGAGCAAAAGAUGGCCCAUAGCGGAGACACCUCAUCGUGUUGUCUGUACCCAGCAUUCCCUGCGGCCCCCACCCCAGCCGAUUCCAAGUGCCAUAAGGCCAGGCAGUUCCGCCCUCCGGGGCCUGCCGGGUAAAACAGUGCCAUUCGGAACUGAGAACACACCAGAAACCGCAGCACAUGCAUCAGAGCAAGAAAACGGAAAUAAAUUCAGACAGUCGUCCGUCUACUGGCGUAAAAAAGUGCCACAGAGCCCGGGCUGGGUGUGAUGUGACCUUGAGGGGACAAUAGAUUCAUACUUAAUGGGAGUUAAACCUGACAGGUCUCUCUGCAGUGACAGGCGCUCCUGCCUGGGUGGGAGACCAGGAACUGCUGUCCUCUGCCUGUUGUCCUGGGCAGUUCCAUCCCUCCUUACUCAUCAUCCCCUCCCCACGGUGGUCUAGUGAAAAGGGAAGCGUGCCAACCGAUUCUGGGGAUCUGUUACGUUAAACAAGGGAGCACUCAAUCUUUCUAGGGAACCACGCGUGUGAGUUAAUGUUUCAGUACAUCAUCUUCAUACUGUAAAUUAUUUUGUAAGAGCGAUUUACCGCCAUCCCAGGAUGUUUGGACUCAGCGCCCCUGUGCAUUUGGAAAUCAAUAAACUAUUACUGGAAAUAC